CACAGCUUCGAAAAUGGCCGAUGGGUUCUGUUAGCACAAACUCAAGUGAAUUUAGCGACGGCUUCAUUCAAACUCUGUUGUGUAAAUAUGAAUUUCAAACAUUAAAAAUACAAUUUCAACACUUUUAAUUUAAAAAUAAAAACGUAUUAAUGGCAGUUAAAAGGUACACCGGUGCACCAUUUGGCGUACAGACUGCAAGGUUUGAUGUGAAUGGAAUUCACCCCAAGUCCAAAGUUCCUGGAAGUUAUACUGAAAUCCCAUAUGAUAAAGAUUACAUUAAUGAGCUGGAUUCAGUGAAGGUUGAAGAUAUUUUAAUAAUGAAACCUAUUUGCUGCAAGGAAAAAGCUGAUUGUGAAGCUGCUCAUUUCGCACAUGAAUUCAAAACUUCAAGCCAAGUAGCAAGCUCAUACAAAAUGGAUACAAAUUUUGCCUUUGUUAAAAGGAAUAUAAAUGAACAGGAUAAAUUAUUUAGUAGUCUAAAAAUAGUUGAAAUAAACAAUCUAAGUGAGUUCAAUGGUUUAUGUUGUAAAUCUAGAGAAUGUGAUCAGAUCCUCUUUCAAAAUAUUAAUAAUAAUAGUGAUGACAAAGUUGAUGAGAAUGAGAUAAAAGCUGAUGCAGACCAAUCAAGCCAAUCAGCUGCCAUCAGUGUGAAUCCUCAAGAUAGUACUCUCAAGAUGUUUAUAAAUAAUUUAUUAGAUCAAAGUAUCACAACAGUCAAAAAAGCUGAAGAGGAAUCGAAAAAAUUGGACAUAGAUUUAAAAGUUGAACGGUUUUCAAUAGUCAGCCGGGAUAAGGCUUUGUCAACUCGUUGUUCUCUGGAUGAUGCAAUGCUCUCUGCUGCAGAAAAUAGGAAAUCAAGUCAAGAGUAUCAAAUAACCAUACCUCGCAAUUAUUCAACUGUAAAUACUAGCAUAGACACAGAAGAACUUAUAGAUUUUAAAGAUGAAUUGGCCAAAACCAAAGUGGAAGAAAAAAAACUUUUUUUUUCUGCUGAAGAAGAAUUAAAUUCACUGUUACCAGAAGGGAUUGGGAUAAAUGAUAUUGAAAUCAUUAAGAAAUCUUCUAUAUAUGAACAAUCUGAAUCUCAAAUGAAACUAAUUCCUCAAGUUCUUAGGACGAUUGAGUCAGUUGUCAUUGAUGAUCCCAGAAACCUGGGGAAGAAAGUGGACUAUAGUAGUCAGGAAAACCUGGUUGCUGUGCCGCCCAACAGUAUUUGUACCAAUGAUGAGGCACAAAUAGCAGCCACAGCGCAGAGUAAAAAAAUGAAAAAAAAAAAUCUUCAACGCCAAGAGACAUGUAAUGACUACUUGAAACGUAAACUGGGACCAGGUGUGUACAACCUGAUGACUGGGAAAGCAGCUUUGAAUAGCAGCCAAGACAAGACCCCAAAGACAGGCUGGGCCAGACAGCUGGAGCUGGAGAAACUUGCUGCUCUGCCUCACCUGCUCUAUAAGGAGCAGUGGGAGGAGAACAAACAGCUGAAAAAAAAACUUGGACCUGGAUCUUACAACAUAAAAGAUUUUAUUCAGUUGGGAAAUGAGAAACCCAGAAGUGAGAGAGGGAUGUGUAACAAUCUAGCCCCCAGAUUUGAAUCUAAACUUUCAAGCUCCACACCAGGACCUGGGACUUACGGCAUCGAUGGCAUUCCUCAGAGAGCGCUAGAAAUAAAAGAUAAAAAAUCUAUCAGCACUAAAGGUUUGCUUGAUACAGGUGAUCGCAAGAGAAAUUUACCUACUGUUGGGUCUGACCUUGGGCCAGGCACAUACAAUUAUAAAACAAGCACUGAGCUUAUCCUGAACAAAGUAGUCAGUACUAAAGGACCCUACGACCUGUUUACAGCUGAGAGAAACGAACCAAUUAUCUCGGGCUAUCUGGCCGCCCCCAAACUAGCUAACCUUGGUCCUGGACAGUAUGAAUACAACUCAUUAGUGGAUGAACUCAACAGUAAACAUAAACAAAAGUUGGGACGUUUUGGUAAAGCUGCUCAGUACCCUGAUAUUCCAUCGGCCAUUAAGGACCUGCCGGGGCCAGGAACCUACGACCCACAACUCCCUAAAAAAUGCAACUGUGCUGUCACAAAUCCUGGCUUUCUUUCUUCUGCUAGACGAGAUGACAAAAUUUCACAGAGAUUCUUUACUGGAAACUACAAUCCAGUUGGAGCUGGCCGCUAUGAUGUCCAAAAGUUUAACGAGGCUCAAGAUGUCAAUGGUCAUAUCAGUGUCUUCAAGUCUAAAACAGGACGACCCACUUUGCAAAUGUAUAAAUUUUUAAAAGAAAGGUUCAGAGCUAAAGACAUAAGCCAAGAGGAGAAAAACAGAGGCAGCGACCCCUACAGAAUGACACGCUCUAUUACUACAAUGUGAUUUCUAAAUUGGCAUUGAAUCUUUAAUGGAUUCCAAAGGAAAAGUCCCAUGGCUUUAGUUAAAUUACAAAAAUAAAUAUUUACCUUUGAUUAAAAGCUAAUGUUAACUAGAGAGACAAAGUUUAGAAGUUUUAUAAAAAUUGCAGAGCUAAUCCGACAUUCCAGGACAUCUCAAAAUAAUAAAAUCAAUGGGAUGAUAAUUUUUCUCAUUUCCAAAUAAAAGAUAGAAAUGUGAUUUAAAAGAUUCAAAGGAGAACACUCUCCACAAACUAGCUGUAUGCUUAUUAAAAAAAUCUAUUUCAUUCUGUCAUUAUCACUAACUUACAAAGGUUAUAGCCUUGAGUUUUUUAUUUAAAUCAAUCAAUCAAGCUGUGUGAAAAAAUUAUUUCUUAGUUAAUUUCAUAAUACAAUACAGAAUCUAUCUUAUAUUCUCAAGGUCAGUCUUUCAGUUCAAAUGUGUAUAUUGUAUUUCAAUUUACUGUGAUAAUUAUGGCUUACUUUUGAGAUUACUAUAUUUGUUCCAGAUUUUUAAUUACUGUUUUUUCAUUUAUCUUAUAUUUAUCUUGUCUAUUUUCACACUUUUUAAAGAAUAUUGGACAAUCCUCUUUUCAGUAUUGAUUAGAUACUCAUUGAGUCUACAGUAUUACCAAUAUACAGGCCAAGCAAGUGUCUGCAUUCUUUUACAUUUAAAUGCACUAUAUUAAUGAGUGAAGCUGACCAUAAACACACAAAAAUACCAAUGAACUAAUAUCUUUAUUUGAUUACAAUAAUUAAUUAACAUAUGCAACAGUUUUAUGUAAACUUUAAUUUAUUCAGCAGUAUUUACAGUUUAAAUAUUUUUUUAAAUGUAUUGAUUUAAUAUUGAAUGAAUUCUGCCAAAUUAACUUAUUAAUUUAAUUUACCAGUUUGUUGAUUGUUUUGUAAUGUUAAUGAUAAUACAUUUUUCCAUCUAAAUAUUGCCUUGAAAAUUCUUUUCAGCAUUGGAUCUAGAAAUACAUAAACUAUUAUUACCCUCUUUCAAAGAAUAAAUAAAAGAAUGGUUGAUAUAAUUAAUGUUCAAGCGUAAAUUUAAAAAAUCUUAGUUGAAUAAAAAAAGCAACAACAGGAUCUCAUCAGAGAUUGUACACAACAGUGGAGCAGUCAGAAUGAAGUCAGACGUGUCAUCAACUGCUGGAGGUUGUGUGGCAUGUGUCAGGAAAGUUUGAUAUAUCAGCUUAACUGCUAGAGAUUGUCUGGGAUGGUGACUGGAAACCUCUGUACUUAAGUACCAGCACUGAAGUAGGACAGCAUUAUUUGUUUUUACAUUGAUUAAAGUCUUUCAAGCCAA